CCUCUGGUUUUUAAAGUGUCCAUGAGCGGCAGCGAUUGCCAGAUUGAUACAUCUACUCGUUUGUUCCAUAAAAAAAAAAAAUAUCCUCUCCCCCUCUACUCUGCGCAACCGCAAACGCUCAGUAGUCCAACCUCAGCAUCCCAAUGACGUCACAGUGCGAGGUGCACAGUUAAUUCGUACGGAUUGUAUACAAUGUAUUCAUAAAAUAUUUCUUUAAAGUCAAAUUGUUGAUAUCAAUGGAAUGCCAUUUUUAAUUCUUGUAACAAACCAUGAAACGAUAUUUUGAUAAGAACACCAAUUAGAUUAGAAAUGUAUGUGCCAUGAAUAUCUUUGUACUACUGUGUGUUACUUCUUUUUUUACAGUCAGCAAACAACAAAAUUUCAACGCGGAAAAUGAAUCUCACGUAAUUGAUAUCCUGGGAGCAUUACAGAAGAUGUCCAAAGACUCCAGCAUAGUCUUACUCACACAGAGCGAUCCCUUCGUAUCUAACGCAUCAGUACUUCUAACAGACGAGGAAAGUGACAACGAACAACUAAAAGCAGAAGACGAUGAAGAUUUCGCAGAAAGACAAGAAGAGAGUACGGAACAAUCUCCAAAAAUAAAGAAUAUUCUUAGAUGGAUGCCUACAAGAAAACCCUAUCGUCCAAAUAAUAAUGAAAAAAGAGAGGCACGCUAUGCAUUAGAGAAAGAGGAGAGAAAUUCGCUCCGAGCUCGGCAGCUCAACGAAGAAAGGGUAGCUCACGUGAUGUCCCUCCUAAAAAACAAUUUUUGGAUGACCGUUUACAUAUAUGGAGAAGUACGAAGAAUUCUCAAUACACGAGAAGUAGUCGACGAUAUAAGACAAAUGAUUCUGUUUUUAGAUACGAAUGAGGAAAUGAGAGAGAAGGUUCUAGAAUGUUAUAGAAAGGAGAAGAACAUUUUUCGAAAUAAUAGCUGGAACAAGAAAGCUAACAAUUUGCUACUCCAAGUUCUUAAGGAUCCGGUUAACGAUAACGUUGUUGCGUAGGUAGAAUAUAUUCUCGAAUAAAUACUUAAGUGUUUUAAUUUUCUUUUAUUUUACAUUUUAUUUUGUAAGUGUUGGGAGAGUCAUGCUUCGUCACGAAUAGGCCAGUUCGACCAGAUUGAUACACGGCCACACAGAAAACCGACGUGUAACAACGCUUGCGUUGUGUUUCGUUGUGUGAGUGGGGUACCCUAAGACCCAGUUACCCCCUUCCCGAUCCCCGAUUGCCCAAAAACUCUUAAAUUCCUAAUCCCCAAAGGCCGGCAACGCACUUGUAACACUUCGAGGGUUUCGGACUGCCUAGCAGGUUUACCGGGGCUCCGGCUCGAAAAGCAGUAUUAAGCACGGGUUGGGUUGGUUGGGUUUUAGUCAAUAAGAGUCUGACACUCCCCUCUCGCGAAUAGUUUUGUGAAUAGUUAAACUGAUACGACCUUGAUUUUAUCCACCUAAACGUGCCUAAAUCGAUAUUAGAAUUAUAUAAUUUCCCUAGUGUUUUAAUCAAUUCUUCGGAAAGUCAUUACAAAACUUAUUCAAGUUUAUCCAUUAAAAAUGCAUGAAUAACAUUUAAUACCCGUUCUGUGAUUUGAUGAUGCCGUCAUUGUUAGUUAGAAUUUGUCUUUUAUCGAUAACCAUAAUAGCUCACUUCGUGGUUGAUGCACACGACUUCGUAGGCACAAUACUCAAUGAGAAUGGGGGACAAAGUGACAGUAACUCUCGUCAACAACAAAGAAAUAAUACUCUAGUUAUCGUGAUACCCAAUCCAGGUUACGAAUCACCAACAAAUGAAGGUAAAAAUAAAGAUGAUACACGUCUUUACGUUAACCAUCCUGCUGUAAACGAUUACUUAACGGUUCAAAAUGAAACUGGGAGUUUUAAAUUCAAUAAUAAUCGAAGAAUAUCAGCAUAUGGUGAAACUACAACUUUGAGCCCAAGGGAUCAUACCAAAAAGCGGAUAAAAAAGCAAAGGGUAUAUGCACCUAAACAAGAAGAUAACAACGACCAUGAAAGGAGAUUAAGAGAAAUCAAAGAACACAUGGAACAACAUUUCACGUCUACACUAUACUUGUAUAACGAAGCUAAAAGAAUUGAGAGAACCAAUGUAGUGAUGGAUGAGUUAAGAUUGAUGGCCGAAGAUAUUGCCACUCCAAGAUAUGAGACGCUGAAGCAAAAAAUUUUGGACUGCGGCCGUCUACCCGAAGUCAAGAAACAUAAGGAUAUUUGGAAGAAACCAAAUAAUGUCAUUAUCGAUAUCCAAAAGGACCCGAUAAAUGACAAUGUACCCAGUUAAAUAUUAUGUUGUGUUAUGUAGCUAUUUUGCAUGUGAACAUUUCGAUUAAAGUGUUUGAAUUCUA